CAUUUCUUUCUAACAGAACCCGCCGUUUGUCCAAAAGAAUGGCGAAGAAGUACUCGAAGGCUUUUGUGUGGAUCUAAUGAAACAAAUAACACAAUUAAAUGGACAUAACUUUAGCCUAUAUUUGUCGCCAAAUGGUUACGGAUUUAAUUUUCACGGCAAAUGGACGGGAAUGGUUGGCGAACUACUCAAACAGCGUGCGGACAUCGCUGUGGCGGACCUCACAAUCAAUAGCGACCGCAAAGCUGUGGUCGACUUCUCGACGCCAUUUUUCGAGAGCGGAAUAUCCGCUCUUUUGCUAAAAUCGCAAACAAAUCAAAUCAAGUCUUGGAAUGAUUUGGGAAAUCAAACCGAGAUAUCAUUUGGCAUUUUAGAGAGCGGUCCGACUCGAAGACUAUUUCAAUCAUCGGAAGACCCGGUGAUCCGGAAGAUGUGGCGAAUGAUAUCAUCCAAUUCAUCCAAUUUUGUCCUCUCAUACACCGAUGCGCUCAGACGUAUCACAUCCGGAAAGUAUAUC